AUGGAGAUCAGCAACGCUAGCGAUGGCCCAGAGGACGAGACGGGGCCCGCCGUCGCUCACUCCCACGUUCUAGCGCCUGACAAUGCGCAAACGUGGGCCGCCAUGGUGAGUGCAGACAGUUUCGAAAACGCUGGAAUUCCUGUUAACUCCACCAAGUCUGACAUCGCCCUUCGCCACAUUUGCCGGGUGUCGACCAUUUUCUCGCACCCGCAGGAUGCGGAAAGCGCAGAACUCACCUGGCCCCACGAUCUACCUCGUCGCGAGACGACUGUACCGAGCGUAGCAACUCCGACCCACCGUGUUAUUUUGGUCAACGAGGACGCACACAUCCCAGCGCAGUUCCGUCACCAGACUACAGCGCCCUACAUUCUGCAAGCGAUUCAGGAAAUACACUCAACUUUCGCCGACCGCCCUUCUCGCACAUAUACGCCCUACUCGCGCAUGUGGAGGUGCCCUUACACCGGGUGCAACUACAUCGAGGACCUCGCUGGGUUGUCUCAUUCAGCUGGUGAAGCCGUGUGCAGGAUAGCAGCCGUCUCAUUGGACUCGAACUUCCUCAUGGAUGAUGUUGCCUCUGAGUUCGUGACAAUCGCCGGCGGAAGAUAUCGUGCGCGUCGCGAAUUCGUUCGGAGCGUCGUAGACAUCAUUGGUCUUCGCCACUAUGAGACGCACUUAGCGGAUUCAGGACUUCGUUGCUGGAUUCGUGGCCAGACACCCGAUGGUCAGAUAUCUUUCAUGUGGGAGCAUGACGAUCUGGAUUUCGUGCUCCAGUCCAGAACGAUUGAAGGUUGGAGAGCACGUCGACAUGAGGAACUAGAGCGGCUGUCGCUGCAAAGUGCGCUAUCCACACAAGCUCGCCGGUGGGCCCACGAAGCUCGUUUCUGGGGCAAGGAGGAGCUUGUUUGCCAGCGGCGCAGAGCCCGUAGCGUACAUCAUGAAUACGUCAAAGGGCUUGCAGUCCACGGGAUUCCUACUGGGCCUGGGCUACGCUUUAGCAAGCUUCGAGCGCUGACACACACCCAGUCAUCAACUAUACUAGGUGCCAGUCGAAGUCUCCACGAAAAGGUUUACGGUUCGUUGAAGGAAAGUGACUUAGAUCACAAGGAGCUCUUGCUUCGCCUUGAACUCGCUGAGGAAGUGAUCCAGGACUGGGAACUAGGGGAGGCGUGGCUUCGUACCCAGUAUCAGGGCAAUAGCCCAGAGCAAUUCGCUCAUUAG